AUGGCUAAACAUUUUACCGAUCUUGUUGAUUCAGUUGGAGGAUUGAGUCUUGCUGAUAGGACGAUUGAACUGACUGGAUCGACCUCACACUGCCCAAACCCAACACCGCAAGCUUUCGUGGAAGCAAUUCGGACGCUGAUACGAUCCUUAGAGGCUACUUCAGCACUCGCACAAAAAGUCGAGACCUUGGUUAGAAGCACACAUACUCCGAGUGGCGAGGGCAUUGUGGAACUAAGCUCCUUGAGAAGAAGAGCUACUGCUCUUUCAAGGAUAACAGAGACGUUCAGCGAUGCAACCGAACGCUAUAUCAUAGCUUACAUUGCAUCCCUUGCUGGUCCAGGUACACUGGUGCAGAAAAUGCUAUCGCAUUUUACUGAAACAUUGAAGAGCAUCACUCGCGAUAUUAUUAACAACACUAGCGAUGAUAGCAACGUUCUGCGGGAGACUUUAGAGAUGUGCUAUGGUCAGGCUCUUCAUACCUCUGGGUCCUUGCACUCCGAUAACUACUUUAUUCCCCUGGGCGAAGCCAGACUUGAAUGGCCCUACGACCCCGACUUUGAGAGCGAGGACUACUACGAGCAUGAGAAUCGCCUAGACAUCGACGAUAACUAUGCCGAGGCUUUUCGUGUGCGAUGCGAACGCGAAUCUAAGAAGGAAGAGCAGCAAAGGGAAGAAUGGAUUAGGUUUUGGGCUCAGGCGCUGACACAGCUCAUUCAGGCGGGGCUACAUGAUCUUUAUCCUGAAUUUGCGGAUCCCGCUGCGAUGGGUUCAUGGACAAAACGUGUUGGGUUCCUUCGUUCAGGAUGGUCUACUGAGCAUACAACAACACAGCUCGACAUACAAAGAGCUGUUGGGAUGGCUAGGGCAUGCUUCAAAAGUUUCAAUGCGCCUGAUGUGGCGUUGCUGCUAUUAUCGUUCAAAAAUCGCAAGCUUCGCGCCCCAGCGACAAAAGUACAAGAGCGUCAAAGAAGCCUCAAUGACUACGGCCCAGAUGAGGUUCAACCAUACAUGAAGAUCGCAGAAACUCUGGAGUCAAAAGUCCGAGACGAUUUGAAAGUUUUAAAAUUGUUGCCCUCCGAUAGCCAGCUCCUUGAGGAAGUUUUUGAAUGCUCAUAG